AUGUCGGCUGCUACCACCGACCCGGCCCUUGUUGCCGCUCCCGCCCCGGACCUUUCUCCUGUUGAUGCUGCUGUCGCUCAGGUAGGCCACGAUGUUUCGUCUGUCGAACACGUUGGCGAUCAUGUCGGCGCUUCCCCCAAGGAGAGGCAUUCCCUGACUCUUGAUCAACGUCGAGCUCUGCGUCGUUGGGCUAAUAGUCAGCCUAUACGUCCCUCGCAUAAAGCCUGUAUCGAGUGGUUCUUCUCGCAGUACGGCCAGCAAAUAAGUCAAUCUACCGUUUCACACUCGUUGUCACCAAAAUACUCGCGUCUAGAUAGUGACAACCCGCAAUUAUCUGGUUCGCGCCUGCGCUAUGGAAACUGGCCUGACGUAGAAAAGCUGGUUCUCAUUUGGUACCAACAAGUACAGGCUUCAGGACGUCAGCCGACUAAUGAGGAGUUGGGAGAAAAGGCAAAGACCAUUUUCAGCCAGCUACCUCGAUACAAAGAUGAAAACCCUCCUGAAUUCUCCCCCGGCUGGAUUCAUCGCUUCAAGAAGCGUUAUGGUCUUUUGAUACGAAGACAACGCCGCCAUGGUGACGGCGGAAUAAAUCCUGCCGAAGAUAUAGGAUACUUGGCCGAUUGCAUUCCCCGAUUCAUGAAUCUUUCCCCAGACACAAGCCCAGGAGCAAUCAAGGAAGAAGUCUUACGCGUUGUUGGUAUCGAACCCAGUCUCGGCACAUGUGCAUUGGUGCGUGAUGAAGUCCUUCGUAGAUUGACGGGCUCUCAACAAUCACCACAGCCUCCUCCGCCUCCCAUGAUGGCCCACGACCCUCCAACAAUCCCUCCGCCUCAGCCCGAUCAACCUAUAUACGCUGAUGACGACCCUGAAGUUGUCUUGCAGAAUGCUUUGCGCCAGCUUCAACAGGAAGAGCAAGCCGCCGAGGAGCAGGCUGCGCUUGUGCGCGAGGAGCGCGAGCGUGCUGAACGAAAUGGACUUCAAAUGAAUAACAUCAUGACCACUCCUACCGCGCCGCGUGCCUCUCCAAUUCAGCGCUUCACGACUACACCAGCUCAUGACUUGGGUGCUGAUCUCACCCUCACUCCGAUAGCCUCGGAAACGCCUGUCACUAGAGAUGAGAGGCCAUUGAGGUGUCCUUUCUGCGUCAAUCAGCGCAUGCUGCGCACAAUCAAAGAGGCUGUGGAACAUAUGUCUACCCACGUUGUCGUGUGA